ACAACAACAACGGCGACAACAACAACAACUGAAAGAAGUACAAGAUGUUUAGCUUACGUCUUGAAAUAAUUUUUAUUGUUAUUGCAACCUCAACGUGCACAAAGACCUUGGCAGCCGGUUUGGUUGCCACACAAACCACAAAUGGAUUACAGUGUCAAAGGAUAACAGUGACGGCAUGUCAAGGACUCGGUUACAAUAUGACGGCCAUGCCAAAUUUGGCGGGACAUACAAAUCAGCUGGAAGCAGAAUUGAGGAUUUCCAAAUUGCUACCAUUGAUCGAAUCAAGCUGCUCUAAUCGCGCACGUUUCCUGCUUUGUUCAUCACUUUUUCCACUCUGCACACCAAACGUGCCACGUCCUGUCACAGCCUGCAAAUCACUGUGCGAAACAGUAAAAUCGGAGUGCGCGACACACGAGGAGCUCAUGGAAUUAUGGCCAGACUUUCUCAACUGCGAUACUCUACCACAGCCCGAAAAGCAGGAACUUUGCAUGCAAAUACCACAAGAAGCAACUAAACAACUGGAACAACGUGCUAGCAUACAGCAACUGCAAUUACCUACACACAGCAUACAACAACAGCAGCAGCAACAUCAACAACAACACACCGCUCACUUCUAUUGGCCGUGGAUGACAUGGAAAUUACCACCGCAUUUGAGCAAAACCACAGUCAUCUGCCCGCACAAUUUUACCGUGAAUCCACUAAACGAAAACGAAUGCUUGCCACAAUGUAAUCGGGAUGCUUACCACACCACUGAACAAAAGAAGAUUGCUGAGGGUCUAAUACUGGGCCUCUCUGCUGUUUGCUUUGUGCUCACGCUAUUCUCAUUGGUAACGUUUUGGGCUGAGCCUACACGUUUCGGUUAUCCAGAACGACCAGCACUAUUUCUUUGCUUGUGCUACAAUCUCUUCAGUGUUUGCUACUUGGAACGCAUAGUUUUUCAUAAUUCUUCACGUACUCUAGCAGCGCUGGAAGAGCCUCUGGGUCGAAUUAGUGCACCAUGCACGCUUUCACCUCCGUGCUUAGCGUCAUACAUCACAACCAGCUAUUUAAGUUUAUGCGCUGCAACUUGGUGGCUCAUAUUUGCUAUUUGCUUUUAUCUUUCUUCACACAAGAAGUGGUCCAGUGAGGCUUUGGAAAAGAAAUCUGGUCUAUUUCAUGUGCUUGCCUGGGUGCCCCCAUUAGCACCACCAAUUGCUGCUUUACUGAUGGAGAACGUGCAUCCAAAUGAAUUGACAGGCAUGUGUUCGGCACCUGGCUUUGUUGAAAUACCCACUUUAGUGCUGCUCGUGUUGGGUCUCUUCUUCAUGUUACGCACCUCACGCUCGUUGAAUACACUUCAGCACCAGAUGCAGCCAACAUUUGGACAUCAACGUUUCUCACAAAUUCGCAAACGUUUUCUUAUUUUUUCGCUGGUAUUCCUGCUGCCUACUGCCGCAGGACUUGUUGUGUCAUUCUUUGAACGUUACGCGGAAGAAGUACCGUCGUGUUCGACACAUGAAGACUGUGCACCGCCACCACAUCAAAACGCUUGGCCUACGCUGUUACGCAUUUUCUUCCAACUUGCUGGUGGCACUUUAACCGGUAUGUGGGUUUGGUCACGCAAGACUUGUGAGUCGUAUCGUAGUCGUCUGGUCGCUACGCCAACCUCAUCCACUACCAGCAAAUCAAUCACUUCAUUGCCGAAGAAGCACUUGCAAAACAGUGGCAAGUUUGCCGGCGCUACGCUCUACAGUGGCAUCAAUUUUCACAACGUGCCCGUGUACAACCCGCACCAACCGCACGUGUAGCUGCCUCAUCUGUAGUAGCCUGUUCUCAGCAAGCAUCGAAAUGGGCGAGUGUACAUAGCUUGGAAUUGUUAUCGUUUUAGUUUUAAGAUAAGUUAAACUUGCAGGCUCGAAUGUUGACUCUUAAUGUUUAAUGUUUAAAUUUAGUUUUUAAUUUUAAUGUAAAUUCUUUAAAAAAUAUUUAAUAUUUUAAACGCUGAU